CACCAAGUCUUGCCCGCACUUAUUGUGCUCUGAAGAUAACUAGCACAGAACCUUGGAUUCGACUUACCCCGCGAGUUCUGAAGAUUAUCCAGGGAAUCGGGAUGCUUCUCCACUGAUUAAUGAUUUCGUCAGAGGUCUCCCGGCCUGUCUAGGAUGGAGGGGUUUGUGGUCUCAUACUCUUUGGAUAAUGAGCAGCAAUUCUGGGAUGAGUUAGAUGACAUAUGCUCAGUACAGUGCAACUCGUCGCAAUUGAUCGACCAAGCACUGCGGACAUAUCUGCACUUCACUACGAACUUCAAGGACGAAUACCUUGCUUCGGACCACGCCGUUGCAAGUUCCAUAGCGAAACUCCUGGAGAGUGAGCUAUUCAGGGCCAACGAAGACUAUGUCCGCAUACAGCUCGUGUAUAGUCUCCUCCAAGAAGAUGAACUGGCCACUUUGUACAUUAUAGCCAGUUUUCUCCUAUACGAUGGACGGCGAAACGAGGACACGUUCAAGAUUAUGAAUAAGGAAGGCUCGUUUGCGAGGCUUGUGGAGUUAAUAAAGUGUGCGAAGGAUGAAGACUCGAGAUUGCACAGGCUGCUGCUAGAAUUGCUCUAUGAUAUGUCUAGAAUGCAGAAACUGAGCCUGGAAGACCUCAGCCACGUGGAUGACGACUUUGUUAAAUGCCAAUUCCAGAUUAUUGAAGAGCUCUCCGACGACGUUAAUGACCCUUACCACUACCCAAUCAUUCGAGUCUUGCUUGUGCUCAACGAACAGUAUAUGGUCGCUGCAACCACUGCACCAGAUGCUACCUCUGUCCCUACAACAAACCGAGUCGUUAAGGUCCUCAGUGUGUGCGGGCAAAACUAUAUGACCUUCGGCGAAAACAUCAUUCUUCUCCUAAAUAGGGAAACAGAGACCUCACUGCAGCUCCUCAUCUUGAAACUUCUAUACCUUCUCUUCACCACUGAAGCGACCCGGGAGUACUUCUAUACCAACGAUCUGCGAGUACUUCUCGAUGUCAUAAUUCGAAACCUUCUAGAUCUGCCAAACGAACUCAUUUCUCUCCGGCACACCUAUCUCCGAGUGCUAUAUCCUCUGCUAGCCCAUACCCAGCUAGCACAACCGCCACAUUACAAGCGGAAUGAAAUCUUAAAGGUUCUUGCUCUACUCAGUGGGUCGGGGAAUGCUCAUUUUGCGCCAGCUGACGAGACGACAACUCGGCUUGUUAGUAGAGUGGGGCAGGUCCCCUGGCUGAAUGAAGGGAAGGAUACAAAUGAUGCAGACCUUUCGAGAAAGCUGCUCGGGAUUAGUUUGCCCAGCAGCCAAACGGAAAGCUCUGUAAGUGUUGUUGACCUGGCUGGUCUCACAGAGAAGCCCGGUAUUCAGACGCCGAGCCGAAGGACAGAGGCGGCUCUAGAAGCCGCUGCAGAUGGCGUGGAUAAAAGAAACCGCUCGGAUGGCGUCAAGUUUGCGAUGCCACCAGCUACUUCUCAUCGAGAUAAACAGAUACCGCCAAAGGCGCCGCCACGGAGGAGAACCAAGCUGAAAGAGCCCAUCAAGCUCGAGAACACUGGCGAUCAAUAACAAAGCAUUACGAUUAUGUUUUGCAUAUUGGCUUGGGCAACAACGAUGAGAGCUCGUCGUUCGGACCAGGUCAUAUUUGGAUCCGAUACCAGGGUCAUGGAGCGAAGACACAAUCGGAUAAGCUGUAGAAGCGACGUCUUACUCAUAAAUUGAUGUCGCACAAGUGAUUAUGCAGACAACGACUAUUAAUACCCAAUUCAAUAGAUUUUAAGUAAUGUCAUUCAACUCGAUAGAUGCCAGCCAACUAUGGCAGCUGUGACUUUUGUACACAGAGAACCUGAAAUAGAC